CUAGCAAGUUACUGUCCUAGUGGAUACUCCGGCGGGUACGGAAGGGUCAGGUUUUAGAAAUGCUAUAUAUUGGGACAAGAUAAGAAUUCGAAAGUUGUAUAAAUACGCUCCCCUUGUUUUUACUGGUGCCAGCAGAACACAAUAAAGGCUACGAUGGAGGCGCUAAUCAAGGUUCUGUUUAUUGUGACGAGUCACUCGGAGAUGGGUAACACUGGGGUCAGGACCGGCUGGUACCUGAAUGAGGUGGCUCAGCCUUAUGACGUGUUCACCAAAGCCAACUUCCAGAUCGACUUCAUGAGUCCAAAGGGAGGCCAGGCACCCAUGGAUCCAGGAAGCGCCGUGGAAGGUCGGGACGAUCCACAGUGUCAGAAGUUUAUAUCGUCCGGGGCCAUUAACAGACUUAACACCACGAUGGCGCCCUCUCAAGUUAACAUAAGCGAUUACCAGGUGAUAUUUUAUCCUGGGGGACAUGGACCUAUGUUUGACCUUCCGAAUAAUGACGAAAUCGCCGCACUGACGAAAACAGCAUACGAAUCUGGAGCAAUCGUGUCUGCUGUCUGCCAUGGAAUAGUUGGUUUUGUGCCCGUGAGGCUUUCCAGUGGAAUAAGCAUAGUUAAAGGACAGACGCUCACGUCCUUUACGAACUCCGAGGAGGCUGCUGGCAACUUCUUUAAUGUGGUUCCGUUCCUUUUGGAAACAAAACUGAGAUCUCUUGGAGCCAAUUUCAUCGCUGGUCCAAUAUUUAAGCCAAACGUACAGACAAGUGGCAGAUUGGUUACUGGUCAGAAUCCAAUGUCCGCCAAACCCCUGGCAGAACAAGUAGUUCGACUGGUUCAUCAACAUUUUCACACAAAUCACGGAUCUUAAUAUGUUUAUCAGCUGUAGUUUUAUAAAUAAACAUGAUGCAUGUACAUAUGAAAUAUACUUGAUUUUUUUUCCUUUUUGCAAUGUUGACCUGAAGUCAAGACUCAGCUGAUAACCCUCUUUGGUUGGAAUUUGUACGUAAUGUGUUCUACCUGUGGUCUUACUAUAUACUUGUAGUAAGUACAUACAUAUAAUAGGAGACACUGUCGAUAAUUUUUUUUACCUUUCUUAUCUUAUUCUUUAUGAAUCUACUUGACCAAAAUUCAACUAAGCUUGACUGAGAACAUGCUUGGUUAACGAUAUCAAAUGUUAUGCAUCAUACGAAAUCGUUACGUCAAAAUAUGGAAGUGUCCCAUACCACUUUUAGUUGGAGCGCCCUAUCGGUUCCUCUUAACCUCUGACCUCCUCCUUUGACAACACAAUUACUGCUUAAAUGAAAUAAACAAUUAUAAAUUCUAUUAAACAAGAUAAUUAACAUGUAGUGAUUUAAAAUAUUCUGAAGAAAUCACUUAUCCAUGUCACAAUCACAAUGUGGUGUACAAUUACUUAAACAAUGAAUUUGCUUUUUCUUAAGUGUUCUAUAGUUUACAUUUUUAUUUGGAUAGCUUUCUUUGACAAAUCCAUGGCUCUAAUUAAUACGAGUAGUUGUAAUUAACAAAGAUAUGUAGCUAAAUUCAAGCUCGAUAGCAAAACAAAAGAGGUUGCUUUGAACCUAUUAAAUGCAAUGUAUUUUGGCCAAUGUUUGCUGUACAGAAAAUACAAAUAUUGUCUCAGUUCAAUUUUUAUAUUCCUACUCAUAACAUGUACUACAGUGGGUAAAACUCUUAGAAAUAAGUACAUUGGUAAUGAAGGUACAAUAUAGAACAUUGAUUUGUGCUCUUUUUAUUAGGGUACAGUUGUAGAGGAGACGAGAUGAGUAGUGUUCACUAAGAGUAUCACUAAGGUGUAUAAAAUAGCGGUAUACAUGUAUCAACUUGAGUGUAUUUGUCUUGUGAAGUGUUCAAUCAAUAAAUAGUGUAUGAUCACCAAUCGAUUGGAAAGUGUAUGACCAAAGGAUAAGUGAUCACUGAUCGGGAUGUCCCCAUUAGCCAGGCUAGUGAGCAGCGUGCACUAAUCGAUGUGUCUAGUGAGAAGUGUUCACAUAUCAAGCGUACCUAGUU